GGCGCCCGACCUUGUGCCAUUCCCUCGCAAACCUUUGCUGUAACCGCGCACUCUCUCAAAACCGCCGUCAUGAAGACCCUGUUGUUUGCCCUGUUUGUGGUUGGCUUGGUGGUGGUGGUGCGCGCCGGUGACGUCAUCGAUCUGGACCUCGACGACUUCGAACACAACCAAGAUGGUGACGCUGGCCACUCGGUCACUGGCGAGUACAAAUGGACGAGCCCAGAAGGUCAGGACUUCGUGGUGCAGUACGUGGCUGAUGACAAAGGUUUCCGCAUCGUCAACUCGAACGCUGUGCCCGUGAACAGCGACGGCGUGCGAGCUGAUGGCGCUCAGGGCGACCUCGAUGGUGACUCCAACGAACGAGACGAUUAAACCGAAUGAAUCUUUUCGAUAAUUCAAUAAUAAUCGAUAAUUUGGUUUCAUCGAAAUUUAAAAAUAACGACGAGAUUACAGUUUAAGAAGAUUGAAUUUUAGCCGUUAGAGCUGGAAGACGAUCGUUCAGUUUUCUCUGAUAAUCAAGAGCGUGAGUUAAUAUAAAUGAUCGCCUGUAAUACGGUCAGGAGCAUUGGUUUUAAUUCUCACAGGUGCGCUAGUAACAACUUGAGAUGAACCAGAAUGGAUAAAAGGAUGUGAAAAACCUUGAAAGAAAGUGUGCAUGUACCUAUUAUAGCCACCUUCAGUUAUAAUGAUCCUAACAUCAGCAUAAUCUUUUAAAUAGUGUAGUGUAAAUAACGUAGAUUUGUUCUGUGACUGCCGAGUGAUAGAUAGUCUCAUGCCCGCAUUUAUCAUCCGUUCCUCAUGAUAUCAAAUCUUCAGAUGAAUAUAUUUAUAACCUCAGAA